CGAGGCUGUCUUGACAGGAGGGCGCACGAGACAAGAAGUUGGUGCAGAAGCCGAGCGCGCGGAGAGCUUUGGGAAAACAGAAACAGGAGUUCAGCGUUCUGACGCACACACGCACGCGCUAUGGACUAAACAGUGUUGAGCUGAGAAGAGCAGCGCGCAGCAAGUCUCUGUUAUAGUCACAUUUCACUUAGUUCUGUUAUAGUUUCUGCUUUUAUCUGAUCUUACUGUGACUGGAAACUAGAAAAUAAAUUAAAGAAAACAUCGUCGGUACCAUGAAGCUUUUGUUUUUGCCACUUUUAAUGGCGCUUAUUGCCGUUGCUCAAGUUUUUUGUGAAGAUGGUGAGCCAAAAGAAGGAGCUGACUACUGGACGAGCAGUAACCAGAUUCAGGAUGACUGGCUCUCCAAUGACCCAUUCAGAGAAAUCCUCUUGAGGAUGACGAGAAAGCCGCGGCCGCACCAGUUCAUCGGUCUGAUGGGGAGGCGUUCCAUCGCAAACCCACAGAUCACCAGAAAAAGACAUAAAGUCAACUCGUUUGUCGGCCUGAUGGGAAAACGGAGCCAAGAAGAACCAGAGUCCUACGAAUGGAGCACAAUACAGAUGAACGACCAGCGGCGCUAAGCUGCAACUCCUGCUUCGGUCUCAUCUCAUCGUUCCUCACCCACCUGACGAGUACCCAACGCUGGCUUUGUUUUUCUCAAAAUGUGUAUUGUUGUUAGCCAAAUAAAAAUGAUUGUUUCCACACUGUA